AUGAAUAGAAAUUUUAUAUUUAUUUUAUUGAUUGCACUUUCUGUUACCAAUACUAUUCCACUUGAGAAAAGAUCCACCAAUUUUACCGAUGUAUGUUAUUAUGGAGUAGACCCUAGAGAAAUAAUCAGUGCAAGUGUUUCUCCUGAUCCAGUGAUUUCUGGACAAAAUGUUACUUUCAAUGUUUCCAGAACUCUAAGUAAUGCUAUUACAAAUAAAGGGCUGAUUUAUAUUGACUUUUGUGAUGAUGAUUCAAGCUCUAUUAUAUAUGAAAAUAAUUCUACUGCGCCUCAAACUGCAGCUGGAAGUUCAUUUAAAGCAAAUCUCACAUUUGAGGCACCAGCUAAUUUACCAAGCAGUUACAUUAUUCAAGUUUUAGUUAUGAGUCCAAGUGAUCUGAUAGGUUGUAUAAUAGCAUCUGUUAGUUAG